GAGAUGGCGCCUGCCCCUGCGGGCCCGCACUACGCGCCCCGGCGGGCCCCGCGGCCAGGCGGGGCGGGGCGGCGGGGCCCGGGGCGGAGCGGCGGCCUGGGGUGCCCGCGGUGCCCGGGGCACUGCGCGGCAGCGGCGGCAGGGCCGCGCUCUCGGUCACCAUGAGCGGCAGCGGGGCGCGGGGCGCGGCGGCCGAGCGGGAGGAGUUCUUGGCCUUCUUCCCCCAGAUCGUCCGCGACCUGACGGAGGGUGGCCUGCGGCACCCGGAGGUUGGCGACGCCGUGGCCCGGCUGAAGGAGGUGCUGGAGUACAACGCGCCGGGCGGGAAGUGCAACCGCGGGCUGACGGUGCUGGCGGCCUUCCACGAGCUGGCGGCCCCGGAGCAGCGGGACCCCGAGAGCCUCCGCUGCGCCCUGGCCGUCGGCUGGUGCAUCGAGCUGUUCCAGGCCUUUUUCUUGGUGGCCGACGACAUCAUGGAUGCAUCCCUCACACGCCGGGGGCAGCUCUGCUGGUACAAGAAGGAGGGGAUCGGGCUGGAUGCCAUCAACGAUGCCUUCCUCCUUGAGUCGUCCGUCUACAGGCUGCUGAAGAAGUACUGCGGGGAGCGCCCCUACUACCUGCACCUGCUGGAGCUCUUCUUGCACACUGGCUACCAGACUGAGCUCGGGCAGAUGCUGGACCUCAUCACUGCUCCUGUUUCCCGGGUGGAUUUGAAUCGCUUCAGUGAGCAGAGGUAUAAGGCAAUUGUUAAGUACAAGACGGCAUUCUACUCCUUCUACCUGCCUGUGGCUGCUGCCAUGUACAUGACUGGUAUUGACAGUAAGGAGGAGCACGACAAUGCCAAAGCGAUCUUGCUGGAGAUGGGUGAAUUCUUUCAGAUCCAGGAUGAUUACCUGGACUGCUAUGGGGACCCGGAGCUGACGGGGAAGGUUGGCACUGAUAUCCAGGACAACAAGUGCAGCUGGCUGGUGGUGGAGUGUUUGCGUCGGGUCACACCAGACCAGAGGCAGAUCCUGGAGGAGAACUAUGGCUGUAAGGAGCCCGAGAAGGUGGCAAAGGUGAAGGAGCUCUACGAUACCCUGGGCAUGAGGGCUGCUUUUCAGGAGUACGAGGAGAAGAGCUAUCAGCGCCUGCAGGAACUGAUCGAAAAGCACGCCAACCGCCUGCCCAGGGAGAUCUUCCUUGGCUUAGCUCGGAAGAUUUACAAGCGGCAGAAGUGAUGGUGGGCCUGGCUUGGGACGGAGAGGGCCCGGGGGGCGGUUUGCCCCCUUGCCUGGAGCUGUUCCCUGCCCGCCCCGCCCCCGCGGGUCUCCUGCCCUGGGCAGGGGUCCGGGUGCAGCUUGUGGUCGGUGUGAUGGGGCUGGGGGGCUGUAGGUCACCGCCAGCCUUUGUGUCAAUAAACAUAAGUUAUUGCGGGUG